AUGACGACGAUUGCUCCAAUUGAUUUGGAGAGUGAGCGAGAGUGUGUCGCGCUGAUUGACUUGGAGAAUAUCCGGAUAAGUUGGGACCGCGAGUAUACGGCAGCUUUUCAGUACACUGAUUUGUGCCUUUUAUGCAGUCUGGUAGAACAGCUGAUGUCUACGAGGAUAUCUCAUAUCGUAGUCUUCGCAACUGAUCCCGUCGCGUACAGGAGACAUCUGAUUAAGCUGCAGAUUUCUAAGCACCACACUACCCGUCCCUCUGAAAUCACCGACCUUCAAGCAGACAAUUAUUGGCUCUCUAUUCUGCCCCAGGAACUCGCCGCAACAAACGGUGAUCCGAUGGCACCCGCCCAAAUUCUCAGCCGCGAAAUCGCCUCAUUUAACUUUCUAAUUAACGCACUACGUUCAGACAUGCAACACUGCUCAGAAUCUGCAAACAAACGUUCGAAACACAUUAUAGCUCGAAAUCGACGACAACGCCUCCUUGAGGCCGCACAACAAGUACUUGCCUCUGGUGAGGUUGAGGCCCUCACCGAUGAUGAUGAUGAUGAUGAUGAUGAAGAAGAUGAACGACCCGCAGAUGAACGACCCGCGUCACAUGAGCUACAGAAUCUUGACGGAAACGAAAUCGACGCCAGCGACGACGAUCUCCAAGUCAUACACGUCAAACAACACCAGGACGAAGACUGUCAAAUCGUACAACCACCUAAGGUAAGUGAACCCAGCCACACACACUACCCAACCCAAUCCAAGCCCAACCCAAUGGAAGCAUCACAACACAGUGGAGACUACACAGUGGAGACUACACAAUCCAAUGGGGAGUGCAGCCGCGAGAACGGCGCAACCGACUAG